UUUCGCUUGUCGUCUCCCACCCCCCGCGUUCCCGACGCCAUGCCUUCCAAGUUGGACCGGGAGGUUCUUGGAAGAGGUAGGGGUGGAGAUGCGUAAGAAGCAGAAAAGCAGAGAGGAGGAAAGCCGUGAUGCAGAGUAGCAGAGACUUCGCAGAUCUGCUUUAUCUCGUUGCACUUUGUCUGCUUUUGCCGCCAACGUUGUGGGAGGCAUGCUACUGAGGGAAGUUUUUUCAGAGAUUGUGGCUCAUGUUGUAGUUCGAACUCGCUAGGGCAAGAAAGCGGGGCCGUGAAAGUAAUGGCUUACAACAAAGAUUUAGGGCGCAAGCUUAUAGAUGUGUUUUCGGAUACUGUGAGAGCCGAACGGCCUAAUCGCGAUAGCGGAUGGAAUCAGUUGAAUCCAGAUGAAGGCUAUGGGAACUCGGAGCUUCAACGCAAGCACAAGAUAUUCUUGAGUCAUAGUGGGUCGCAGAAGAACUUCGUGGAGGAUUUGUGUGUUCAAUUGGAGAACGUCAAUCGCUUCCCAUUCUUUGAUCAACGCAUCGACAGCUUACCAUUGGGUGAGAGGUUUCCAGAUGCCAUCUUUCGAGCUGCGAAACAGUGUCAGGUGGCAGUAGCAGUCUUGUCUGAGGAAUUUUUUACGUCAAAGUGGCCUAUGCUCGAGCUGGUUGCUUUCAUGGAGGAACAGAAAUUAGGUGUAAACAAAGGGUUGAAGAUAUUGCCUCUCUUUUUCAAGAUAUCUCUAACUGAAUUGAAGGAUUCAACAAGGCGGAACAAGUGGUUCUCGUUGUGGGAAGGCUGGGCACGAGCGGAUGGAAGGAUCAAGAUUGACAGAUGGAAGUAUGCGUUGGAGGAGUUGCCAAAAUUCAAUGGUAUUGGAUAUGUCGAGCAGGGAGAAGGAGACUCAUCGUAUCGAAACAAAGUUGCAGAAGCUUUGUGCGAAUUGGUUCAGCCUGAUGUAAGAUAUGGGGGCCGCGUGGUGGGCUUGUAUGGUGCGGGCGGAAUCGGCAAAACAACCUUCUGUAAGGAACUACUCGAUGAGCUAGAGACGAAAUUCCAUGGCAAGGUGUGCCAUGUGGAAAUUGGCAGCCACACACAAGAAGAGUUUUUGCAGCUCCUCAUAAGAUGCCUUACAGAGACAGAUUCUAGGCGGGGGUUUGAGAACUGAGACCAUGGCCAGUGCCAAAAUUACCUGCAGAAGGAAGUGAGGAGGAAGGAAACAUUUUUGGCUAUAGAUAACGUGUCACCUGAAACAGCUACGCAAGCAAGUGUAUACCUUGAUUUUGGGUUUCAUGAGAACAGUGUGGUUCUCGUGACAGCACGUACUCGCAGCAUACUUACAUCACACCUUCAGAUUGAUGAAAGAGACUGUAUG